AUGUGCGGCGAUGACCACAAGGCCGUCGAGGCCGUCAACAAUGACCAUUUGGUACAAUCCGAUGAUCCCGAACACCCGGCGAAUCUGAUUCCGGAGCUUUGCCGUCGAUUCUACACCUGGGGAUGGGUGACUGGCACUGGUGGUGGCACCUCCAUUCGCCAUGGCGAUCACAUCUUCAUUGCCCCUUCAGGUGUCCAGAAGGAGAUGAUGAAGUCUGAGAACAUUUUCGUGGUUCAAUGGCCCACCAAGAAGUACCCCGCUGAAGAGCGCAACUAUAUCCGAAAGCCUCUCAACUUGAACCCUUCCGCCUGCACUCCGCUGUUCUUGACAGCUUUUGAGCAUGGAGCAGGCUGUUGCAUCCACACUCACUCGCAAUGGGCUGUUUUGGUGACCUUGUUGGUGGAGCGCGAGAAGGGGCCUGAUGCGUGCUUCGAGAUCAACAACAUCGAGCAAAUCAAGGGUAUUCCCCGUGGCAAGGGCAAGGGUAUGCUCGGGUUCUUCGAUACUCUCAGCAUCCCCAUCAUUGAGAACACUGCCUUUGAGGAGGAUCUCACCGGCGGCCUGGAAGCUGCGAUGAACAAGUACCCCGACACCUAUGCAGUGCUCGUGCGCAGGCAUGGAAUCUAUGUCUGGGGCGACAACGUCGCCAAGGCCAAGACCCAGUGUGAGUCUCUCGACUACCUGUUCCAGCUGGCUGUCGAAAUGCACAAGUUGGGAUUGCCAUGGGUCAAAUAG